UCAGGUCUUGAGUAUAAACUUACAAAGUUCUAAAAAUGGGAAGAAUUUUUCUGGAUCAUAUUGGUGGCACUCGCCUAUUCUCCUGUGCAAACUGCGACACGAUUCUGACCAAUCGUUCUGAGCUCAUCUCCACUCGUUUUACAGGGGCCACAGGAAGAGCCUUUCUUUUUAACAAGGUGGUAAAUCUGCAAUACAGUGAAGUUCAGGAUCGGGUCAUGCUCACUGGCCGCCACAUGGUUCGAGAUGUGAGCUGCAAGAACUGCAACAGCAAACUGGGUUGGAUCUAUGAAUUUGCCACUGAAGACAGCCAGCGCUACAAGGAAGGCCGUGUUAUCCUGGAAAGAGCAUUGGUCCGAGAGAGUGAAGGAUUUGAGGAGCAUGUUCCAUCCGACAAUUCCUGAAGAGACUUGAGUUUCUUCUCAGGUUCUCUUCAACUGGAACUCAAAAAUAAUAAAAUCAACAAAAAAAUCUGCUUACAUACACUGUCACCUUAGCAUCAGAGUCGGAUUCAUGGACAACAGAGUGGGAAAGAUUUGUGAGAGUAUUUCAGAUGGAACCUUCCUUUCUUUAUUCCUUUUGUAUUUUACUUUCCCUCCAGCAGCUGUUUGUAGAAAGAAUGUUGUGCAAAUGCUGUAACUUUUUCUCUCUUGCAUUUACAUCUGUUAGAUUUGAGAUUGUAUCUACAGAUACAGUGGGCUAAAAGGAAAAAUAUUUGGGGGAUUUGUCUUCUGUUAGAGAGAAAUCAAUGAGGUUUUUUUAGUUUGCACAAACUGAUGUCAGCAUAAAGUUAUUUUAAAACUACAGAUGUUUUUUAAAAAGUAUAUUCCAACUUUUGGCUUCAGUUUUUAGUUAGUGUUUUGGUUUUUUUUUUACCUGGUCUUUUCACCUGAUUUGCUAGCUAAAGUAAAGAGAUCCGAAUUUGUGCCGAGUGCUAAAGGUUCAGUGUUGGUACAGCUUGGGCUGGCCCUUGUGCCAUAUUCUUGUUGAGGUUGAUUGGUAGCACAGAGCCCAUUAUUUCUUGUUGUUCUUGACCCAAAGAUGUCACCAUUCCUUGUUUAUUUGUGAAGUCCCAUUCACCACGUAAACUGGUGUUGAUUGGAAACUAUUCUUGAAAUAGGGCAAAACUGCUUGGCUUUUUUUAAUUUUAACUGAUGUAACUUAUAAGCAUAAUAAUAAUAUAAAAUAAUAGUUGUCUGUUUAGUCUUGCGUUGCUUACAAAUCAGAAGCUGUGUUUGUAAUGAUAGGGAUCCACUGAGAAACUAUUGUUUCAGUAGUAUUUUUUUUUUUUCCGUUUCUCUACUAAUCUCAUUAAGUAGACAGGCAAUUGCAAAUCUUAAUUCUUCUUCAAGUAGCUUUCUUUAAACCCAGAACUUCCUAUGUUAAACACAGCUGCUGUGUAAAAGGAGAAGACUACCAGCAUGUUUGUUCAUGCCUAGAGUUAUGCAAUCUGCAUCUCUUGAAAAGAUUAACUUAAACAGCUUGUUUUCAAACGCUGCUUCUGGUGUCAAAACCUUUAUCUUUCAACUUUGUUGAACCAUUGUGAUGUUACAUUUUUAUCUUUCUGGGCAGCAGUACAUGUCAGCCUAGUAGUAACUAGUGACUUGGAUUCCUGCUUUCUUCUUGUAGAGUUCAGCUCUGUUUAAAACAAUGAUCUUGCUUGCCUUUUUAGCAAAAAUGCUCUUCAUUAACUUAACUCAAGGGUGCCCAAACACUUUCAUUGUGUCUUAAGCCAUAAUUUAAGAUCUCAAGGGCUGAAAUUAAUUUGAAUGUUAGAUAUGUAUGAUUCCUUAUCGAAGAUAAAAGUUUAUUUUUUUUCUUAUUGGUCAACGUAAAAUAAAUUACCCACAGGUGUACAAGGAGGGAAAAAAAAGCCCACCCAAGCAAAUAGAUCUGGGCUCUGACCUUUCAGAAUAACUUUUGUUCACUAGCCACAGCUCCAUAUCUGAAACUAAAAUGUGGAGGGUGACUACGCAGAGUAUUUUUCUUAAUUUUUUUGGUUGUCAAGUGGCAAUUUGGACACCCCUGACUUGAAUCUACUGCCUGUUUCAUGUAAAAGUAGCUUUAUUAUAGAAUUGUCACAUGGAAAGAAAACAGUAGAUCACAUACCAGAGCUGUGCUUGAAUCAAGCUGCUUAAACAAUAGUGUACUUGUGCCUCAAAUGAAUCAGUUUUUGCACUGAGUACAGUAGUACCCCAUUAUCUUGUACUUCUGUCCUUCACAGACCCUAAAAGCCCCAUUAGCAUGGUUCUCUGCAGUACUUUUCUUGUACUUCUGACAUUACAGUACAAUAAAGUAUGUUUUGUCCUGA